GACCUGGAUCCAGGAGCCAACCAGAUCCCCAGGGGCGGAUUUGAGCGCACAAGGUGGAUAUAAACGCCCCGGCAUCCCCUGCCUGCACCGGGUGAGCUGUGAUCAGAGGAGACCAUGCCUUCCAACACCAGCGCCAGCAUGUUCGGGGGAGCCGGGGGAAGGGGCUCCAGGGCGUCCGUGGCCAGCCUGGCCGGGCUGAAGAACGUGCUGCGGAACGACACGGAGCGGGACUCCGCUCCGGCGACGCGCGCCGCUCCGCCGCCUCCAGACGCCGCCGCGCCCGCGGCUCCGCCCGCGCAGCCCGCCGACGACAAGCAGACCCUGCGGGGGCUGAACGGCCGCCUGUCCGGCUACCUGGACCGGGUCAGGCAGCUGCAGGAGGGGAACUGCGACACGCAGAAGGAGAUCGAUGACAUUCUGGCCAAGAGGAAAACACCCGAACGACGAGACUGGGAUAAAGUCCAGGAGCCACUGGAUGAGCUCAAGGAGAAGAUCAAAGACAUCACCUUGGACAACGCAAAGCUGCUGCUUCAGAUUGACAACACCAAGCUGGCCAACGAUGACUUCCAAAACAAGCUCGAUGAUGAGACAAAGGCACGGAAGGAUUUGGAGAAAGACCUGGACAGUCUGAAGAAGGUCAUGGAAGAGACCAAGAUGAACCAAGAUCAGAUGCAGACGGAGAUCAAACUGGUGAAGAGCGAGCUGGAGCGGCUGGAGAAGGAGCACAAGGACGAGGUGGAUGCCCUCCGGGAGAAGAUCAAGGACUCCGAGGUCAAGGUGGACAUAGAGUCCCAGAACUCCAACCUGGCAGAGAUUAUCAAAGAUAUCCGAGCCCAGUAUGAUAAAGUGGCCCAGAAAAACCUGAAGGAGACGGACGACUGGUACAAGAGCGAGUUUGACAACAUCAAGGUGGAGGAGGUUAAAAACGUGGAGACCUUGCAGUCCUCAAAGUCGGAGUUCAACGAACUCAUUAAGCAGAAGAAAAUUGUGGAAAUCAACAUUCAGACUGAGCUCAACGUGAUCCGCAGCCUGGAGGAGACGGUGAACACGACCAAAACGGAGUCCAACCGGCGCCUGGCCCCGCUCAACCACCGGAUCCUGCAGCUGGAGGCCGAGCUGAAGGAGGUGAGGUCCCAGGUGGAGCAGCAGGGGGAGACCAACAACGACCUGCUCUGCGUCAAGAUGAAGCUGGAGCAGGAAAUCAACAGCUACCACCAGCUGAUUCAAGGCAUCACCGCUGAUCCUGAAAGCUCGGGGUUUACUUUAGAGGAUGCAUUGCACAGCGAUCAGCAAAAGCUUGACCAGCACCAGCAGGCAGUAGAGGAGGCGGCCGUGGCCAAGCAGCAGAGAGCCCGCUCCCACAAGUCCACCCCCCCGGAAAAGCCGAAGGAGAAAAAACCCGUCAAGGCAGAGAUGGAUGCGGUCGUCAAGGAAGCAGCUCCUGGCAACAGCUCUGCUAAAAAGAAAAAGAACAAGAAGUCCAAGGCUGAGAAGGAUUCAUCUUCCUCCUCCUCCUCCUCUUCAUCCUCUUCAUCUUCCUCCUCUUCAUCCUCAUCCUCCUCUGAGUCCGUACAUGAAGUUGAAAAACCUGCUGUUUAAGGCGAAGGAGCCAAAACUUGGUCUUUUAAAUAAAUAUCUUACUGUCAUUCAGCAAAGUAUCCCAUUGAAACCUGUAACUUUACCAUUGUAAAGUGUUUUUUCUUCUUUUGUCACUAAAAUAAAAGUCAUGGGUUCAACUG